GUUCUCCUGCGAUGAAACAUAAUCUUAGAACUUUUAUGCAGCAGAUUGAUGUUUGUAAUGAAUUUGUUUGUUUGUUUCAUGUGUCGUUCAUCUGUUACGCCAGUAAUGUGUAGUUGUGUUCUUUGUAUACAAAUCAGCUUAAAGUUUUUUCAGUAUUAUUCUAGUUCUAAUGUGGAACGUGGUGUACUAAGGGAACUUUCAUUUUUGACAGAGAUGGCAGAAACGCAAUCAGGUGCUGAGGAUAUUGUUGUGAUUCCCGACUCCGAGAGCAUACCAUUGACGAAGGCAUCACCUCCCGGCACACCCAGUGGCUUGGUGGAAGGCCAUUCGAAAUUCUUUGAUCAACGCGAUAGGGCCAUGCAAGCAACUGAGCAAAGCGGUGGUUCCACAACUAGCCGCUCUCAAAAAUCUGCAGGAGUCGCAUUUUCGGGGGGAGGCAUUCGAUCUGCUGCGUUUUGUUCUGGUGCAUUGCGUAGGAUGUUGUUAAAAAAUGUUCUUCCGGACUACUUGAGCUGUGUUUCCGGGGGAGGCUACACAGGGGCAGCAUUUGUCGAAUGGAAAGAAUGGAAAAGGCGUAACCGGGAUAAUGGUGAUGAUAGCAAAUGGCAUGACGAAUUCUUUGAUACCAUGCGACAAAACGCUGGCUACUUGUGCGACUGGCAAUUCCCCUUUGUAGGUCUCUGGCAUUCAGUGGUUUUUGUAGUCCUCUUGGUCACUGUUGUGUUCAUAUUGCCAUGUGUCCUAUGGUUGCCCUAUGCAUUUCCAAUUGCCGUGGCAGUAGACGUGCUCUUUGGUAAAAUCUUACGUCAGAAUGCCACAUGUCCCCCAUCUGCACAUGCUCUCACCGAUCCCAUGACCUCUCGGACUUCAUCCCUAAUGCUGAUGCUCUAUGAAAAUUGCCACUCUCCCAGUAGACGCACGGCCCUUAUUGUUACAACAUUUAUUUGUUCUCUCCUGUUCUACUUUCUUUCAAGGAAGAAACGUCUCCAUAAAUUUAAAGAUAUCUCGCGAUUGUUCUCGAUGAUUAGUUUCAUAGUAUUUCUCUUUACUCUAUUUCCAUUGCUCAUUCAUGAUUUGUGGCCAUCAAAUACAUGGGUUCGAGCCUUCAUAAUUAUAAUCUGCAUAGUGCUUCCAUUCUUCAUCCCAGUGAUUCGUAACUACGCGAGUGUAUUUCUUGUGUUUUACUGGUACAUCGAAGAAGAUAUUAGAGUGAACUUUUUGAAAAUCAAGUCACAACAAAGGCCACGGAGCUACCAAUUCCGAGUCCAGUAUUAUGAUGAGGAUGAUAACAAAACAGGAGAGGGAGAAAUACUCUUUAUUGCUCCCAGACACCCAUCUGAGAGCAUACCACUGGCGAGAAUUGUCACUCAGCAACCAAAAUCGUGGGAAAAUUCUGAUGUCGAGCUGAGAGAUCCAGACCAAGGGAAGUGGGGAAGAGGUCCUGAGAUUACUGAAAACGAAGCCGACAGACUGACAGGUUGCUGCUGUUUGUGUUGUCAUGGAAACAGCUGCCAGUACGUGUCUAACCUUCUACAAGGGUCUUUUCCUCAUCAUAUUACCGCCAAUCAGUUCUUUACACCCGAUAUGUUUACCGUGUAUCAUCGUGAAGGCUAUGCGGCUUCUGUUGAGGCUGAUGUUUCAGGUUUCUUAAAGACAAAUUAGAGGAAGACUAGCGAAAAUAUGUACAUGAUCAGCUGUUGACCAAAGUAACCGUGUUUACAGGGACAGCAAUUUUGCGUAGACGGAGAUAAAUGCAGCAUAAGAAUGAAAACAAUGUCUUUGUAGGAAUAUCAGGAUUUCUCAUCCGUUUGCGGAGAGGUGGUGAUUUCUUCAAAGUAAAACGAGUAAAAUAACGACGAUCUUCUUUUAAUCCUCUCAACAGUCCUGAAUACAAGCAUAAACUAAGCAAACUUUUCACAAAUUACUGAUUCCUGUUGCUGUGUAACCUGGCUUGUUUGUCCUGAAGGAAUCGUACAGUUCGUUUAGACUUUUUAUCUACAACUUCUUCCCACUGCCUUAGAUUGUUUGUUCCUGAAAAGAUGAAAAAUGAUCGAUUUUUGCUUUUGGAUUGUUUUUGAGCAACAUUUGAACGACCACCGAGUGUGAUUCAUGGUCGCGUUGCAUCACUGCUUCUCAGGGCGAACUUAUUCAGAGUUUUCUCUCCUACAAUAAGCUGUCCGUAGGAUUUUAUCUUAUUUCUAAAAAUUUUUUUCUAUACAAAGAACGCUAAUUAGUGAUAGGUAAAGAUUAUCUCGAAUUAAACUAUUAAUGACAUUAUAUAGAUAUACCUGUCACAAUGAUAACAAUAAUAAUAAUAAUAAUAAUUUGAACUUAUGUUUUAUGAAUAUAAUUAUAAUUUUAAAAUAUUUACGAAUUAUCAAUAUAUUUCUCAAAUUAAGGAAAGCAAAGUUAUGUAAAAACGAAGUGGAAAAAGAUCGAUCAAUGUUAGCUUUAGUUAUCUAUACGAAUCAAAGAAACUAUUUUUUAAGAAUGUUGAAAGUCAACUUCAAUAUUUUGGUUUCUUUACGACUUUUAGUAAUGAAUGGGGCGACAAUUGUGAUAUCGACGUUUUGAACUUCGAACAAUGGAUUGAUUAAAGAGACACAGCUAGACAUGAAAUGUGAACAUAACAGCAUAUGGCCAAGGAAAGUUCAUUUCCUUGAGCUGUCACGUGAUGCUGGAACCACGGUGCCUUUGCAGUCGCUCUAUUCCCGCGAUCUUGCUCUUUCGUUAACAAAAGAAGGAAGAACUCUAAGGAUUCAUAGAAAUGUCUUUAUUGGUCUCUAAGGUUUAAAUGAACAACCAGUACUGAAACAGACAAAAUUAAACAUUCUCAAUGUUCCUAGAU